CGGCUAUCCCAGUUCCAGUUACGUAAAUCUGUCCUCGCGACGUGACCGUCCAUGAAGUGUCAAAUGGUGAUCGUCAGCCUCUAUAUUUAUUUGAGCCUCUAAUUGCAUCCCGACGUCUCAAAAACUGGAGGAGUUCGAGCCCUAGGUCAAAAUGUUAUCGGUCUACAAACAAACGUUCUCUUCGGGUCUGCAAAGAUCCGGCAUCAGAUGCAUAGGGUCCGUUUUAUCCGAUCUAAACAUCAAUGAUUUCGGUGUAAAGAAUGAACCCGUUCUAGAAUACCUCAAAGGUUCCAAGGAACAAAAAGAACUCUCCGCCUCUCUGUCUGAAACCGCUUGUAAUACAGAAGAUGUUCCGAUUGUAAUAGGAGACAAAGAGUACAGGACGAACGAUGUCCGUUACCAGGUUAUGCCGCACGAUCACCAAAAGAAAAUCGCCAAAUUCUAUUACGCAGACACAAAUCUACUUAAAAAGGCCAUUGACACCGCUACUGAAGCACAAAAAGAAUGGGACCAAGUACCUAUUUCCGAAAGGUUACGUAUCUGGGAAAAAGCAGCAAGUCUGAUGGCAGGGAAGUAUAGGGCGAAAUUGAACUCUACAACUAUGCUGGGACAGGCGAAGACCAUAAUUCAAGCCGAAAUUGACUCGGCAGCCGAACUUAUAGACUUUUUCAGGUUUAACGCUUACUUCUUGAAAGAGGCGACAAAAUAUCAGCCAAUUUCAGAAAAUCCUAAGAUUACGAAGAAUUCCAUGAGGUAUCGCGGCGUCGACGGUUUCAUAGCUGCCGUCUCUCCCUUCAAUUUCACCGCAAUUGGUGGCAAUUUGUCGUACACUCCGGCCUUGAUGGGCAACGCCGUGCUGUGGAAACCCAGCGACACAGCACUGUUGUCCAACUGGACCAUUUUCAAGGUCUGUCAGGAGGCCGGGGUGCCACCGGGUGUGGUCAAUUUCGUCCCGGCAGACGGGCCCGUCUUUGGGAAUACCAUCACGGCCUCGCCCAACCUGGCAGGCAUCAACUUCACUGGAAGCGUCCCCACCUUUUCGACGCUCUGGAGACAGGUCGGCCAAAACAUUAACAUAUAUAGGAACUUCCCCCGCUUGAUCGGGGAAUGCGGCGGCAAGAAUUAUCACUUUGUCCACCCAUCGGCCGACGUUAUGACCGUCGUGAAGGGUACGAUCAGGAGCGCCUUCGAGUUCUGCGGGCAGAAGUGCAGCGCCUGCUCCAGGAUGUACGUAUGCGAAUCCUUGUGGCCAAAGAUAAAGGAGGGAUUACUAGAAAAACUAUGUGAUCUGAAAAUUGGGGACCCGACGGACGUAAAGACGUUCACGUCUGCCGUCAUAGACAAAAAGGCCUUCGACAGGAUAAAAGGAUAUAUAGAGCACGCGAAAUGCUCUAAUAACCUCGAAAUUAUCGGUGGGGGCAAAUGUGAUGACAGUGUCGGUUACUACAUCGAACCUACGAUCGUCCAAACGGAGGAUCCAAAAGAUAGGAUCAUGACGGAGGAGAUAUUCGGGCCCCUUCUCACCAUUUACGUCUACCCGGAUUGUAAACUUGAAGAGACUUUAGAUCUCGUGGGAACCACCACACCGUUCGCAUUGACCGGUGCCAUCUUCGGGCAAGACGAAAACUGGUUGAGGUGUGCAUUGGAGGAACUAAAAAUGUCGGCGGGUAAUUUCUACAUUAACGACAAAUCGACGGGAAGCGUCGUGGGUCAACAACCGUUCGGAGGAGCAAGGAUGUCAGGUACAAAUGAUAAGGCGGGAGGCCCCCACUACCUUCUACGGUGGGGUAAUCCCCAGGCGAUCAAAGAGACCUUCGUCCCGUUGACGGAAAUUGAAUAUCCCUAUAUGAAACAAUAACUCUAUCUUAAGGUUAAUUGUAAAUUUAUUAAGUUGUAGUCAUAAUUUUCGGCCCAGUAUAUUUUUUCUACCCGUUCAAAGUAUUAUUUUAAAGUCUUAUCUUACAAUUAGGAUUUUGUAUCUAGUUGAACAGUCCCCAACGUUAGCGGCGGAGCAGAGGCAGCUGCCGUGACGAUUUGAAGUUACGUUACCAUUUGUCGUGUGAUAGUUAAUUUUUCGGCGGAGGGGACGGCCGAACGUUUACAAAAUUUUCGGUAUUAUUCGCGUUAGAGUGUAACGACAGACAAUAUUAUCUUAUAUGACUAAAUGUACGAUUGAAGUUUUCUUUUUAUAACUGUUAUCACAUAUCUGUGUAAAGGUGAAUAUGUACGUAAUCUUACUUGAUCCAUGUACCGUACUAUUGAAUAAAUUUAAUUUAUCUCGUGUUUCCUCUGGGGAAACUGUGUUGUAUGUCUCGUCACCCGUGAAAAAAGGCAACAAAAUUGUCAAGUAGCAAUAAAGGCUUUGUUGUUUUAGA